AAAUUUAUAAAAAAUGGCGCUUGUGUUUGUUGUUAUUGUAAAUAUAUACACGUGAGAUGUGAGCGCGUGAAAAGUGGCUGCACAAACGAAACAUUAUCAAUAAUAUGUUGCACUGAUAAUUUCAAGUAUCUGAGUUAUCGCUUGAUCUUGAAUUUACUAUUAAAAAUAAAGCUAAUCUCUGUAAAUUCUUGUAGAUUGCAAAUACUUUUAUUUGUUGAAAAGUAUUUUAUAUAGUAAUUCUGUUGUGUAAAUGCUCGAUUUAUUGUCAAUUAUCAUUGGAAUUAAUUAGAUAAUUUAGUAUAGCUCAGCAGUACAGUUAUUUUCAAGCUUAUGUAAAUUAUUUUUGUAAGAACUGCGUAGUAAAUGUUAGAGUAAAAAUUGUGAAAAUUUGGUGUGUUUACUGAGCAAUUAUGGCGAGUUUUUUCGGUUCACAUAAUAAAGAUUUUCUCCAGCAUCUGGAAGGUGGUGAAACAACUUUUCAAACGUUAUCCCGUGCAUUGAGAGACACUAGAAGUGAGUUCAAACCAAUACCAGGUUUUGAACAUGAAGUUCAUAAUUACACGCAGGAUAUAGAUUGUGAUGAAGUCUAUCCAAAUAUUUACAUCGGAGAUGCAGAAACUGUAAAGAAUAAAUCAUACCUGCAGAGAAUUGGUAUUACGCACGUUUUGAAUGCUGCGGAAGGGAAUCGUUUUGGACAUGUUAAUACAAAUCAACAUUAUUAUCGUGAUACGCCAAUCAAAUAUUUUGGAAUACCAGUAAGCGAUUUACCAACUGUCGAUAUAAGUAAAUAUUUCAACGAUGUCGCUAAUUUUAUUGAUGAAGCUUUGAAAAAUAAUGGUAAGGUAUUUGUACAUUGCAUGAUGGGAAUAUCAAGAAGUUCAACAUCUGUCAUUGCUUUCUUGAUGAUUAAGCGUAAUAUGCUAUGUGAAGAUGCGAUACGCUUAAUUCGUAAAAGCCGUGACAUCCAUCCAAAUGAUGGAUUUUUGCGUCAAUUAGCGGCGCUUGAUAAUCAAUUACGCCGUCGACGGCUUUAAUUCCUUUUUAAUUAAAUUAUUUAUGGCUUCUAAUUAAUAUUCGAUAAAAAAAAAACUAAUGAAAAAAAAAUAAUUAAAAAGAAAAGUAACAAUUAAAAAAAAAAAAAAGAAAAACAAUAAGGAUCUCUCAACUAGAUCGGUUUCUUAUUAUGGUUUUGAAUAUUAAAAAUUUUAUCGUGAAAUAGUUACUUUCAAAUUUUUUUUCAUUAUUCUAAGUUUGGAAAAAUAUUGAAAUUAUUAGUCCAUAACGAUUAGUAUAAAAUUGAAAUAUUUACAGUUAUAAAAAGUAAUAUUUUUUAUUAAUUUUUAUUGCUUUUAUAAUUACUAUGUUUACAACUACCAAACGUACUAAAAACAGUAUUUUUUUGUGAUUUACAAUUGUAGUAAUAAUAGAUAAAUAUAGUCUAAUUAUGUCUUAUUUAAAUUAUAAAUUUUAUAAUAAUAAUAAAGUGAAUAACAUUCUAAAACUUAUUAUUUAUCUUAAAUUUAUUUAAUUUUGAAAUUCUAGAUUUUCCCCCAGCUUCGAGCUUUCAUAUUUCCUGACUAUUUGUCGCCUUUACGUUUUUAAACUUAGUCAAGUAUUUAUUAGCACUUCGCGUUCUUCGCUCCACUGUACUCAUCUUCGUAGUAUAAUAAAUUUAGAAAAAAUUUAGAAAAAAAAAUAAAAAUUUUUAUCUUCGAGGA